GUUGUUCUUGGAAGAGCGACUUUCUACGGCUCAGAGGCAGUCAAUGGUUUAUUCCUUCGUACACUGUUUCCGACUGCCCGAUCCGUUCCAAACGUUAUCUUCUAUGAUAACAACUGUCAUCUCAAGCGACACAUCACAAGGCUUCAAGAUCAACAUUUCGGGACCUGUGCUCUACCCGUCGACGUCUUUCACAUGAAGUCGAAGCACAAGGAGUCAGAUGAUUUCUGUGGCCAGCAUUGUAAUCCGGCACUCUUUGAGGAGCUUAUGAUGACGAAUGCAUGGUUCGGAGGGUUUCAUUCUAUUGUGCGAGAGAUGCGUAGGGAUCAGUAUGACUUUUUCCUAGACGAGAUGAUCAGACGACGGAAUAAUAUG